AUGAAGCUUCGCAGGACAGAUCAUGGACUUUGAGGGGCACGAACACUGUGAGAACUGUAUAAAGCUCCACUGUAAUGCUCAAGAUGGCUGCAAGAUGUUAUUUUGUGAGUUCGGAUGCGAAGCGCAGCUACACAGCUGUAAAAUGAAAGACCAUAAGAAUGUGUGCCAAAAAUGUCGAAUUCCUUGUGUUAACUCGGAUUAUGGAUGCCCCGCUGUAUUGACAAGAGAUAGCUUGAGAAAUCAUUUGCAGCGAUGCCCGGCAAGUGUGGUUUUUUGCACGAUGGAGUGGAAUCGCUAUCCGGUUUAUUCAAAAUCGCGUUUGAGUUGGGUACCGUUUUUUCAACCGAAUCCCAUUUUAAUAAAAGGGCAUUUAGAUGUUGAGUUGGCUUUCAGGGAUCAGAGAAUUCUUCGAGAAGUUUUUCGACGGCGGUGUAGGAAAGGGAAAGCCAAAGUAGAUAUGCUGAGAACCUCUUUGCAAGCGAACACGCCGAAACAGCAUGGCAAUGGAUGUCAACCGCCGGCUGUGAAGUCGGAGUCAACAAAAAUGGCGAUGGCUUUAGCGUUGUCUUCCCUAGAAAAUAAGCUUCGAAAACAAUCCGAUGACGGGGAAUAUUCUGGCGAAGAACUUGAAAGUGAAAAUUUACUCGAGAGUGAAGAUGAUGGUGAACAGAGACCCCUUUGUAAUUUGCUUCCGGUCACUGAUAGACUUGACUUAAGCAAGAGCAAUGAUGUGGAAAAUGGCGAUUUUGACCCAGUGGGAAUUGAACUUCACGAGUUGCAAAUGGACAAAGAUGAAAACAUUAAAGAUGACGCACAAAAUGUGACACCUGUCAGUUCCCAUGGCAACGUUAUACCACCCCCUCCCACCCAUCACCCAAUCUACCUUGACCAGCCGCUUGGUCUCAAUGUUGUGGUUGAAACCCUACCCAAGUUCCAAAAGCAGUUCCCCAUGUAUUCAAUACCAUGUAACCAGGUAUUCCGCCGUGAUGAGUACAGCAGCCACUUCAAGAAUGUGCACAGCGACAUUCAGGGAGGUCUCAAUGGCUGGUUGGAGCAUCGGUGUCCAUUGGCGCAAUAUGGCUGUACGUUUGUCCGUUACAGGCUUCUUCCACAUACUCAAAAUGGCGCUGUAAUUUUCAACCAAGAGCUUGGAAGCUUUGGUAUUAAACCUUGUGAACAUGCACCUGGAGUUGUUGCAACCUUUAAAGGUGAACAUCCCUCAACAGAUCCUCGAAGUGAGGGAAACAUGCUUGCAAAAUCUAAUUUGGAUCUCCUUACAACUUUGCCACUAGAGAUCUUGGAAAAGAUUGCCAGCCAGUUGGACGGCUUCAGUUUGUGUAACUUUUCUCGCACUUGUAAGUUACUGAGAGAGGUUUCUCGCAAUGUGUUGGAAACAAAGGGGAUGGUGGUAUUUGAAUGGGAAAAGAGGAUCUACGACAAUGGGAGCUGGUCUUGGAGAAUCAGACAAAAGAGAUGGUAUUUUUCCACAUCUUUUUCACCUGUUGAGAAGUGGGUUCAUUCUGACUCACCAUUCAUGGCAGCUCACUUGGAAGAAUGCAAAUACUUUGAUCACUGCGUGCCGUCAGCACAGUUCAGUUACUGUUUCAUUGUGCAACCUGAUGGUCCAGGGGGGAGCAGCAGCAGCAAUGGUGGAAACAGCGAGAUAGGCCUCGAGUAUGACCCAGGGCAUGAGGACAGCGAGGUCGAUCAGAUAGGGUUAGAAUGCAAGAUGAGUGGUGAAAACACAACGGACACAGAGACCGAAACAUCAACAUCAGACUCUGAGUCAGAUUGAGCCGAUGCAGAAGAUCAGAUUCAGUAACUGAAUACAUUUAUUACGAUAGCUACUUCUAACAUUGUAUGUGGCAGGUGGGAAUCUGAGAGAUCUUUUAUUUCUGUCGUAGGAACUUGUUUUUACACAGCUUUGCUCUGGGAAACAGUGGCAUCUAAUCUGGCAUUGCAGUACCAGGCAUAUGGAGUUACAGUUACUGCACACAGUGCUUGCAACCUCCCUCUUGUUUAGAUUUUAUUUGAGGAAAUUAUUUUCCAUGCUACUCAAUAAGUAUGCUACAAGGGUACCGUCAAUCUAAUUGUUGUGUUUAUGUGGUUCUUUGGGAGGAUGUUGUCACAAAUUUACAAAUGGAUAUAUUCAAUUGUUACUGUUGUGGUUACAGAGCUACCACUGACAGGAAAUCACUUCUAGGGAUAAGUGGAUUGGUAAAAAUAUUUUAUGUGGCAUAUUAUAUGGUAAUCUUCAUUUUAAACAGAUUAGUGUUCAAGAUCAGUCUGCUGUUUUGUGCACAACAAUAGUUCUGUAAAUUUUUCUGCAGUUGAAAAUUAUGCCACAUGCAAACUGACUAUGUCAAAGUUGUGCAAAGGACUGCAGGUAUAUUAUAAUUAUUAAAAAGAAUAGAGCCAUUGUGUUUAAAUAAGGAAAAAUAUAAGACAAAAUUUUAUCUGAAGAAAAGUGAGAACUUAAUUAUUUUUACUGUUUCAGAAUAUAUUUGAUAUUUAUGAGAUUUCACAAAGAGAACCAAGAUUACAUGUACAUGUAUUUGAUUGGAAGAUAGUCCAGAAUAAUUAUAUUUUACCUUUUUACAUAAGCCUUUGUUCAGUUACAGGGGCAUUUUUUAUUGAGGUCCUAUGGUCACAUAACCUUCUAGAGACAUGUUCUUUAGGCUUGUCGCACAAGAGCUUGUGUCCAUGCAGAAGGUUAAUGGCUACACAGAUUGAGUCAGAAAAAUGUUUGACUCAGCAAAUAACAGAGAAUAAUAAUAUUGAAAAUAAUCUUUGGCAGGUAAUGCAUGUUACAAGAAGAAAAUGUCUUUCUUGUCAAUAUUAUUUGAAAAAUGAAGUUAGUAGCAGUUGCUGUAUAAGACAACACUGCUUGAAAAGAAAGCCAAAUACAUCGUAAAGUUGUGCAAAUAUUUACCAUCUGACUGGUAAAAGUGCUUUUAACAUGUCAAGUAUCAAUAUACAACAUGAGCUUAAUUAGCCUGUUCCAGAUUCUCAGUUUGUGGGGCCGAGUAAAAGGGGAAGGAAGUGAGAAGGAGGGGAAUCUUUGGAAGAAUGCAGCCUUUUUCACCCAAAACCCGUCGCCAUAUUUCCACUUCUCUUUGUGCCGGUUUUCCAACUAUCCACCAAAUAUCUGGAACAGGUUAGAAUUUGUUAAAUAUUGAAGAAGAGAAUUUUCAGCUCCAGAAAAUAUCCAUGCUCUCUCCUGUGCCCAGCCCUUAAAGGAACGUCAUUGGAAAUUCCAAGGGGAUGGGGGAAGUCAAAAGCCAAAAUUAUAUCAUGAGGGUUAAAGGGGGCAGGGGGAGGGUUUCAAGCCAAAAGCCCACCCAUAGGGAGAGUAUGAAGGUUUUCUGGAAGAACACUGUCUAAAUAAUAAUAAUAAUAAUAAUAAUAAUAAUAAUAAUAAAAUGAUGUUUAUUUACUAGCCUGUUUAUUUAUUCUUUAGACAGAUGCUUGAACACAUGUGUUGGGAAUAAUAUCAACAUCUUUUAGCAGAUUUUGAAAGAAUUAUUAUGUACCAGUAUUAUGAACUACAAAAAAAGGCAUUACACAUGAACUACGAGGUUUAAGUUUGGGUUUUUCAUAAGUCAUUAUUUCUGCAUAAUAAAUUAAAGAUUUUAUUCCUGAUUUGUUUUAGACAUCUUUUGUGAUUCAAACAAUAUUUUAAUAUUAUGUAUUAAUUUAUAAUUAUUAAAAUAAUUUUAGUAGGCUGACCUGUACUAACCCUAUUUGCUCAAUUUUACAGAACCUAGCAACUUUUUUUCUUAUUAAAUGGCAAUAGUUCCCACAGUGUUGUUUCAAAUAAUUUUAAUGUCUGUAGUUGCUUGCCCGCUACUGCCAGCUACAUUGCUCUAUCCUAUUUCAAUUUGAGCUAUAGCCACAAGGCUUUUUCAGUACUCUCAAUAAUUUAUACAAUACUAAUAAUUUAUUAUCCCUGGGUUAAUACUGUGCGAAGGGAUUGAGAGGAAAUUGUUUAUUUAACCAUAAAUCUGAAAGAACUUUUAGCACAUAAGGUCACAGGAAACCCAAAGACACUUACUAUGCUUAGGUACCCACAGGUCACCUGAGGUGCUCAUAGGACUUUGUAUGGAUAGAUUUAAAAUUCGAUUGAAAACUGGAAACAAUCUCCGUUUCCUUUUGAGAAGCUGCAAUAGCAAUUUUAAACUAUCCUUUUUCCAUUGUUAUUGAGCUACAGCAUGCAGAUUUCUGGAGAUAGUUCUCUGUCAAGGUGGGGGU